AUGGUGGCGGCGUUGAGAGAGCCGCGAAACGUGAGCCUGAACAAAAAGAGCUCUGGCCUGGGCUUCAACAUCGUCGGCGGCGAGGAUGGCGAGGGCAUCUUCAUCUCCUUCAUCCUGGCUGGUGGGCCAGCUGAUGCCAGUGGGCACCUGCGCCGCGGGGACCAGAUCCUGGCCGUGAACGGGGUCGACCUCACGGCGGCGACCCACGAGCAGGCGGCGCUCGCGCUCAAGGGCGCCACUGGCAACCGCGUGGACCUCCGCGUCGCCUACCGACCCGAGGACUACAACCGCUUCGAGGCCCGCAUCCACGAGCUGCGCGAACAGAUCAUGUCUGGCACGCUCAAGCCCUCCCAGAAGCGAUCCCUGUUUGUCAGGGCGUUGUUUGACUAUGACCCGCGGCAAGAUGACGGAUUGCCGAGUCGUGGGCUUCCGUUCCAAUAUGGCGACAUUUUGCACGUGACGAACGCCUCGGACGACGAGUGGUGGCAGGCCAAGCGACUCCAGUCGUCACACAUCAGGAACGAGGGCGAACCGGAAAUCGGGAUCAUCCCGUCCAAGAAACGCUGGGAGCGGAAGAUGAAAGCCAGGGACAAGUCUGUCAAGUUCCAGGGCAAGGGCAGCAACGCCUCCUUGUCGACAUUGGAGAGGAAGAAGAAAAACUUCUCCUUCACCCGCAAGUUCCCGUUCAUGAAGAGUAAGGACGAGCGAGGCGAAGAAUGCAGUGACGGAGAAUCUACUGUGAUCCUGGCUACAGCUGAUGGAGAGACUGGAAGUCUGAGUCUAAAAAAAACAGGUGGUGAACCUUCAAUUGACCCGGCGCUGAAGGACCGCAUCAAUGACGACCUCAUUUCCGAGUACCAGGACAAGUUCGGGUCGUGUGUGCCACACACGACCCGACCCAAGCGCGAGUACGAAGUGGACGGACGAGACUACCACUUCGUCACCAGCGCGCUCGUUUACCUCGCGCUGUAG